UUUAUUUUUUAUAAAACCACUGGCUCGCCGCAGUAGGGUUAGUUUCCAAGCAGAUCCAAGUUUUGUAUUAACCAGCCAUCCCACUAGACACAACACAUCAAGAUGCGUGAGAUCGUACAUCUUCAGGCUGGACAGUGCGGUAACCAGAUCGGUGCCAAGUUCUGGGAGGUCAUCUCAGACGAGCAUGGCAUUGACCCCACCGGCACAUACCACGGUGACAGUGACCUUCAGCUAGAGAGAAUCAACGUCUACUUUAAUGAGGCCACAGGAGGCAAAUACGUCCCCAGGGCCAUCCUGGUCGACCUUGAACCCGGCACCAUGGACAGUGUCCGCUCUGGCCCAUUCGGACAGAUCUUCCGCCCUGACAACUUUGUUUUCGGACAGUCAGGUGCUGGCAACAACUGGGCCAAAGGUCACUACACAGAGGGCGCUGAGCUGGUUGACUCCGUCCUGGAUGUUGUAAGGAAGGAAGCUGAGAGCUGUGAUUGUCUGCAGGGAUUCCAACUCACCCACUCUCUUGGAGGCGGCACUGGCUCAGGUAUGGGAACACUCCUCAUCAGCAAGAUCCGUGAAGAGUACCCAGACAGAAUCAUGAACACUUUCUCUGUUGUCCCAUCCCCCAAAGUAUCAGACACAGUCGUUGAGCCAUACAACGCCACCCUCUCAGUGCACCAACUGGUAGAGAACACUGAUGAGACCUACUGCAUUGACAAUGAAGCCUUGUAUGACAUCUGCUUCAGAACCCUGAAACUCACCACCCCCACCUAUGGUGACCUCAACCAUCUGGUCAGUGCCACCAUGUCUGGUGUCACCACCUGCCUCAGGUUCCCUGGUCAGUUGAACGCUGACCUCAGGAAACUGGCAGUCAACAUGGUCCCCUUCCCUCGUCUCCACUUCUUCAUGCCAGGCUUCGCUCCCCUCACAUCUCGUGGUAGCCAACAGUACAGAGCCCUGACAGUGCCAGAGCUGACCCAGCAGAUGUUUGAUGCCAAGAACAUGAUGGCUGCUUGUGACCCCAGACACGGCCGCUACUUGACCGUUGCCGCCAUAUUCCGUGGCCGCAUGUCCAUGAAGGAGGUUGAUGAGCAGAUGUUGAAUGUCCAGAACAAGAACUCAUCCUACUUUGUUGAAUGGAUCCCCAACAACGUCAAGACUGCAGUUUGUGACAUCCCACCACGUGGUCUUAAGAUGAGCUCAACCUUCAUUGGCAACAGCACCGCCAUCCAAGAGCUCUUCAAACGUGUCUCUGAGCAGUUCACCGCCAUGUUCCGUCGUAAGGCUUUCCUCCACUGGUACACUGGUGAGGGCAUGGACGAGAUGGAGUUCACUGAGGCCGAGUCCAACAUGAACGACCUGGUCUCAGAGUACCAACAGUACCAGGACGCCACCGCUGAGGAGGAGGGAGAAUUUGAGGAGGAGGAGGGUGAAGAGGAGGCAUAAACCAACCCACCGGACCCUGCCAGACCCCACAUUCCACCUGACCUUUUGAUACAAAACAUGCAGUGAAACAAACAACUGUACAUUGUUUUAUUUAUAACAUUUUAGCUCAAGCUUAUGCAGCGUUUAGGCCACUCGAGCCGCCGUAAAGACACAGGGCCCUCACAACCGUCACAAAAUGGGCCAAAAUUUCGAAUGACCCUCCAUAUCUUUGCAAGACUUACCUCAAUGUUCCAUGACAAACAUCAUUGUCCGAUAUAAAAAGAACAUUGUGCCAGCUGAUCGAUCAGGUCGAUAUAAAGUAAUCGAUCAUGCCGAUAUAAAGUAAUCGAUCAUGCUGAUAUUUAUAUAUUUAAUGGACGCCUGCAAGGAAGUUUGGUUGAAUUCUUCAAAUAACACUUGUUGAUUGGAUGAAGAAAAGUUCUGUCUUGUGUCCGUCUGAUUGUCUGUUUUAAUAAUGAGCUAAGAUUUAUCAAUAUAACAUUUUUGUUAUGGUUUAUAAAGUAUUCAAACAUG